AUGAACUAAUCAAGUUGGUUUUCCCUUGAGGAAGUAGAAUUGCAACAUUAAAUUAUUGCUGCCAAUCCCCCAGUAAUUAAGGAGCGAAAAUUACCAGAAAAAUUAGACAUGGAUUAACUCCUAUCUUAGUACAAAUCAAUUGAAAUAAAUCCGAAUCUGAUCAAAUUUGUAGUUUUUGAGAGUGAAACAACUGAGAAUUCUAAACAGAUCAACUUUAAAUCUAAAAUUAAACUUAAAUGUGAGGAAAGAGAUUUGGAUGGAAGUCUAGCUAAUAAGGGUACAAAUAAUAUUCAGGCCACUAAAAUAUCCAUGGCAUCCAGCAUUCCAUAUAUCUAAGGGUUAAGAUCUGCUUUUCUAUCAAUGAAGGAAGGAGAUGUGGCUUGGUUCAAAUUAUCAAAUGAAUAGAUGUACACAGAAUAAGAAAUUGCAAGUGGAAUUACAGUCCAAACUUUACAAAAAUAUUUCAAAAUAGAAAUAUUAGAAGUCACUCAGCCAGAAAUCCCUCUUGAUCUAACAAGUUUAGAUAAGUAUUAACCUCAUUUAUAUUAAAGUCGACUCAAGUAGAUGGAACUGUUUAAAAUUGAAGGAAAUCAAUUCUACGAAAAGCAGUAGUAUCAAAGUGCGUUAUUGAGAUACUAAAGAGGACUAAACUUUCUAGAAAAAUGGCCUAAAAAAUUUGAAAGCAAUCCUGUAGCUAUUGAAGCCAAAAGAAAUUCUUUGUUGGCGUUAUCAAGUAAUAAGGCUUAAUGUUUGAUAAAGCUGUAAGACUAUAAAUAAGCAAUCUCAGUACUCGAGCCUUUGAUCGGCUAAAUGAGAAACAAAGUAUUUAUUUGAGAUUAAUUAAUAUCUUAGUAAUAUGAGGUUAAGAAUUACUAUAGAUUAAUCAGUUGUUUCCAUGAGACAGAUGAAUAAGUUAAAGCAGAUUUCUAUUACAGACAGGUUACUCAUAUGUGUUAGCUAUCAUAAGAAGAAAAGCAGCUGUUUCAUACUAUCAAAUUCAAGAAAUGA